CCCGGCAGAGAUACAGCCAGAGGACUGAUAAGGAGGAUUUCCUUACUCAGGUCACAGCCUGUCGGGUUUCAGCUGCACCGCCUGGGGACUUUCAGUCUCUGGAGGAGGGGAGCUAAAUCUCUUGGCACAAGGCUAGGAAGCCUAGGAACCUUCCUGAACGAAAAUCAAACACACCCCCUGCUCUCUGUGGACUGGUAUCAUGUAUUGAAGCGGUCACGUAUCUUUACAGACAUUAUGUAGGACUGGAUUGCCUGCGCAGGCUGCCACUGUGCGCUCGCGGCGCCGCGUCAUCAGGUGCGCGCUCCGGGGGGGAUAGAGGUAUUUUUUUGUUGACGCCUCCUCUGUCUCCGGGCUGAUCAGGGCACACGCCCAGCUGACGAGGGGAAUUAAGUCUUACGUGCGUGGAGCAGCUUUCUAAUCGCUGAUCUUUUGGAUUAAACCGAUGGAUGGGAUUUAACCUCUUGUCCGUGACAUUUUUACGCACGCUCGGCACCACAUUGUGCGCUCCUAACUGCGCUCCCCAGCGUGAAUUAAUCCCUCUUUUGUUCUAAGUUGAUCUGCCCCGUUGGAGUUAAUGUGGAUUGUUAAUGAUGCUAAAUGAUGGUGAUGUUUUUGUCCUCGGAGCGAGCGGACGCGCGUAGGAAGAGCCAGCGACUUUCAAAAGAUCUGAUUGGAUCGAAUCAUCUUGUUUAUUCACCUGAGACGCUUUGACUUUGUUUUUUGUCCGGGAUGGAGAUGGGUUUGAGACCCCGGCUCUGUUUUCUGAUCAGAACAGAGCGCGGAUAUGGCUUCCACCUGCACGGAGACAAGAACAGAGGCGGACAGUUCAUCCGGAAAGUGGAGCCCGGCUCCUCGGCUGACCUGGCCGGACUCCAGCCGGGAGACCGGCUGGUGGAGGUGAACGGGGAGAAUGUGGAGAAUGAGUCUCAUCCUCAGGUAGUGAAGCGAAUCUGUGAGGUGUCCCACCGCACCAGGCUCCUGGUGGUGGACAGAGAGACAGAUGACUACCUCCGCAGACACGGCCUGCUCUGCACAGAGGACCUGGCUGUUGAAAUGGGAACACUCUCCCCGCGCCCUUCUCCCAUGUCCACGCCCUGCGCCUCUCCCGUAGCCAGAGUAAACUGCCCUCUGACCUCCAAAUUCAACCACAGACAAGUAUUAAAUUAUCCUGCUUCAGAGUCCCCCACUCAGGACAAAGAGGACAGAUCCUCAGUGGCGUCAAGCUCAGCAACAGACACAGAG